UUGAAACUAGAUGUGGGCAGAAAGAACAGAGAGAAACUUGUGUACGCUGUUUCAGGCCUACUGCCACCAGGGAUUUGACAAAAACCAAAAAGAAAGUUUGGAGCUUGCUCUGCAUUUUUUCCCUCUCUCUUCUUUUCUUUUCACAUGGCAACCGAGAAGAGAAGUCAUGUUUGGAAUGGCGAAGACGAGGAGCAAGAGGAUGAUCAGAAGAUGGAGCGGUUCUUUGCCCUGAUUAGGAAUUUUCGGGAGGCGAGUAAUAGGAGAAAAGAUGAGCUCAGACAAAGGGAGGAGAUCACCAAGAAGAAGAAGCAAAACAAGAUAAGGAAGUUAGAUACGGACGAGCAAUCGAGUUGGGUUCCAACUUUUGAAUUGGCAGAUUUUACUGAGGAGAUUGAGUUCAGAAGGUCACCUAUCAUCUUUCCAAGCCCAUACAACAAGAAAGAAGACAAGAAAAAACAAGAAGAUGAUGGUUUAGAUCUCAAGCUCACCCUUUAGUUAGCUUGAGUUUUGCCUGCUCAAAAGAAUGUUGAUUACUCUUAAAGUUACUUUUGGAUCAGGUUUCAAUCAUGUAUUUAUUAUGUUCUUUAUGAUCAAUGUUCAAUAUUACUACUGGUUAUAUAUAUAUAUUGAGUUCGAAGUUGCCGAUGACCGCAGUUUGCUCAUCGAAAAGAGGCUUCUGUUCUGAAAAUAAAUCUGGUAUUCGAUCUCAUUAAUUAACAAAGUGGGAAAGAAAAUGAAAGAAGUGGGUUGCGUCAAAGCGUCCACUUGUUUGA